UAAUCGAAAAAGCCAGCAACGGUGAAUCUCCGCUCAACGAAGAUGAAGACUGUCCUGAUUGCUGUCGUGGCUGCUAUCUGCUUCCUGCUCGGUGAAGUACAUUCCGAAGACAAAUAUACGACGAAGUACGACGACAUCGACAUCAACCUCGUACUGAACAACGAGAGACUUCUGAAAGGAUACGUGAACUGCUUACUUGAUCGUGGUACUUGCACCCCGGACGCGGCUGAACUUAAAAAAAACUUGCCUGAUGCAUUGGCCCACGGAUGCUCAGCGUGCAGCGAAAAGCAGAAAGAAAUAGCGGACAAGCUUUCGCAAUAUCUGAUCGACAAUAGAGAGGAAGAAUGGAGUCUUCUGGAGGCUAAGUACGACCCGUCAGGAGCUUACAGACAACGUUACCUUCAGAACCAAUUCAAAGAAAAAGCUGUGGACUAAAUUAACCUCGUAAUUCAACGGCAUCGAUUAUCUUCGCUUCAUUCUUGUUCAUAUUAAAUCUACUUGGUAUACACGUAAUGAUGCACUGCAAUGAUUUGCUAUAAAUGCUUACAGAACAUCCAUUGAUCGCUAUGGAUUAUAUGAUAAAAACAUUUUAAAACAAUGAAUUACGUAUUCUACAAAUCUGCACAUUUCUUCGAAGAGAAAUCAUCAAGGGCCUUUCUAUAAUUGUAAUUACAACCAAUUAAAGUUAUCUGAAAAAUA